GCUUCUUAUCUGGGACCUCCACAAGUGAGCUCUGAGUUUUCCUCUGGACGAUCUUCUCCUCAGUGAAACGUACUAUCUCAAAUUUUUAAGCAGAAGUUACAUCCUCGGAAAGGCUUUCUUAUUUUCACUUUAAUAUCACAUCCGCAGCUUCAUUCAUGUUCUGCUGAGCCAGAAAGAAGGAGAGAAAAAUGAAGAUAAGGCUGUCUCUGGCAGCGACUGCCCUCCUCGUAGUGCUACUAGUAUCAUCCGUCGAGGCCCAAGUUGAUGCACCUUCAGACUUGAGGUUUAAGAUUUUAAAUGAGAUCACAGUGCAAAUGACAUGGAGGCUGCCCAUAAGUAGGAUAGAGGGCUUCCGACUACAAGUUGUUUCAGACACAGAUGAACCAUCUCGAGAAAUAAACCUCCCUGCCUCUGCUACCAAGACGUCAAUCACAAAUUUGACUCCAGAUGUGGACUACGCAGUGACAAUCUCCUCAUAUUACGGAUCAGAUGAAAGUCUGCCCUUAUCUGGCCAGAUCACAAUCCAAUCAAGUGGUACAAAUGGAGGUCCCAGGAAACCGCUGGUCACAGAUGCAGUCAAGUGCUCCUUCAGUGCCAUCACUGACCUGGUGUUUCUGGUGGAUGGCUCAUGGAGUGCUGGAAGGGAAAACUUCAAGUCCAUCCGUAGCUUCAUAUCAGCCAUGGCGGGCGCCUUUGAGAUUGGCGAGGACAAGACCAGGGUGGCCGUGGUACAGUACAGCACUGACUCCAAAACCGAGUUCAACCUGAACCAAUACCACAAACGUGGAGAUCUCCUCCGGGCCAUCAACACCUUAACUUACAACGGUGGAAACACCAUGACAGGUGAAGCCAUGGACUACCUCUUGAAGAACACAUUCACAGAGGCUUCCGGGGCCAGGAAAAGCUUCCCCAAAGUGGCCAUGGUCAUCACCGACGGGAGGUCUCAGGGCGCCGUGGAGAACUUUGCCAAAAAGCUGAGGAACAUGGGAGUGGAGAUCUUUGUCUUAGGGAUCAAGGGAGCAGAUGAGGAGGAGCUUAAACGGAUUGCUUCAACCCCUUACCAAACCCAUGUCUACAAUGUGGCCGACUUUAACCUGGUCAAGAAUGUCCAGAAAGAGCUCAUCACUCAUGUGUGUUCAAGCGUUGACGAUCAACUCAACUCACUUGUCAGUGGCGAAGAAGUUGUCGAGCCAGCCUCCAACCUCUAUGUUGUUGAGGUGGCUUCCAAGUCAAUGAAGGUCUCGUGGGACGCUUCCUUUGGAGAUGUUUCCGGAUACAAGCUGCAACUGAUCCCCAUGAUGCCUGAUAGAAAACGCCAGGAGCUGUAUGUAGGCUUCAAACAGACUUCAGUGGUGAUCAGAGACCUGUCCCCAGAUACUGAAUACCAGAUCAACCUGUACGCCCUCAAGGGUCUGACUCCCAGCGAGCCAAUCAUGGCCAUGCAGAAGACUGAGUCAAUCAAGAUCUCAUUGGAAUGUUCACUCGGAGUGGACGUACAGGCGGACCUUGUGCUCCUGGUUGACGGUUCGUACAGUAUAGGACUAUCCAACUUUGCUAAGGUCAGGGCUUUCCUAGAAGUGCUGGUCAACACCUUUGACAUUGGUCCAGACAAGAUUCAGAUCAGCUUGGUUCAGUAUAGCAGGGACCCCCACACCGAGUUCUUCCUCAACACCCACCACGACCUGAGCGCUGUGGUCAAGGCUGUGAGGACGUUCCCUUACCGCGGCGGCUCCACCAACACGGGCAGGGCCAUGACCUACGUCAGGGAGAAGGUGUUUUUGAAAGCCAAAGGGGCGCGCGAUAACGUGCCGCACAUGACCAUCCUCAUCACCGACGGGAAGUCUUCGGACGCCUUCAAGGACCCGGCCACGAAGCUGAGGAAUACGGACGUGGAGAUCUUUGCGGUGGGCGUGAAGGAUGCCGUGCGAUCAGAGCUGGAGGCCAUCGCCAACACCCCAGUGGAGACCCACGUGUACACUGUGGACGACUUUGAUGCUUUCCAGAGGAUCUCUAACGAGCUCACCCAGUCCAUCUGCCUGAGGAUCGAACAGGAACUUUACAACAUCAAGCAGAGGAAUCUUGCCGUGCCAAAGUCCCUGACCUUCUCCGAGGUGUCUUCGAGGAGCUUCAGAGCCUCCUGGGACAUCGACGUCACCAACGUGGAGUCCUACCUGCUCAAGUUCAGACCGGCCGCAGAAGCAAGUGGAGACUUUGUGUCCAUGUCCGUGCCUGGGGACACCCUCACUGCUGUGCUCCCCCACCUCACCCCCGUCACCAAGUACGAGGUCAACGUCUUCGCACAGUAUGACAAAGGGGACAGCCUUCCUCUGACGGGAUUUGAGACCACUCUCGAGGAACGAGGGUCGGCAGGGAACCUGAGGGUGUCUGAGGAGGCCACAGACAGCUUCCGCGUGUCGUGGACUGCCGCUCCUGGGGCAGUGGUACGCUACCUGCUGACCUACGAGCCGGUGAGGGGUGACAGCGUCAGGCUGGAGACAGCAACCGUUGGGGGCGAGACCACCAUUGUUCUGCAGCAGCUGUUUCCUCAAACCACCUACCGGGUGACGGUGACUCCAGAGUACCAGUCUGGCCCCGGGGUAGAGAAGCAGAUUGACGGCACCACCAAAGAAGCUCUGGGGUCUCCUCGCGACCUGCGCGUCUUCGAUGAGACCGUGUCGACCAUGAAGCUGUCCUGGGAGGCGGCGCCGGGCCGCGUGCUCCAGUACCGCGUGGCGUUCCGCCCGGUCGCAGGCGGGGAGAUGAAGGUGGUGACGGUGAAGGGGGAGAACACCGCCACCCUCCUGAAGAACCUGCAGCCCGGCACUGAGUACGAGUUGGCUGUCAGCGCCCGCUACGCGUCCGGCCAAGGAAACCCUCUGGAGGGGCGGGGAACCACCCUGGAAGAGUUGGGCUCCCCGAAAGACCUCGUCACGAGUGACGUGACCGACACAAGCUUCGCCGUCUCCUGGACUGCCGCACCGGGGAACAUGAAGAUGUACAGGCUCCGCUGGAAGUCCCUGUUCUCUGAGGAGUCCGGGGAGAAGACCGUCCCCGGGACCACGACCAGCACCGUCCUGGAGGGCCUGACUCCAGAGACCCUCUACCAGGUGUCGGUGUUUGCCUCCUACGGGCGUGGCGACGGCGAGCCGCUCACCGGCACGGAGACCACGGACGCCUCGGCCGCUGCCAAGACGCUGAGCGUCUCCGACGAGACCGAGCGCUCCAUGAAGGUGACGUGGCAGCCCGCGCCGGGCAAGGUGGUCAACUACCGGGUGACCUACACCCCCUCCGCCGGCUUGAAACAAAUGGUCUUAAAGGUCGCCGGCACGGCCACCUCCGCUGUGCUGAAACGGCUGCAGCCCAUGACCUCUUACGACAUCACCGUGCACCCCAUCUACAAGCGCGGAGAAGGAAAAGCAAGGCAAGGAGUAGGAACUACACUGUCACCUUACAAAGCUCCCAGGAACCUGCAGACGUCCGAGCCCUCUAAGACCAGUUUCCGGGUGUCUUGGGACCCCGCCCCUGGGGAAGUGCGGGCCUAUAAGGUCACCUUCUAUCCCAGCGGGAAUGACAUUGACCUGGGAGAGUUGGUUGUCGGCCCCUAUGACAACACAGUGGUCCUGGAGGAGCUCAGGGCUGGUACCAAAUACUCAGUGGCAGUGUUUGGGAUGUUUGACGGAGGCCAGAGCAUGCCAUUGGCCGGAGAGGAGAAGACCACUCUCUCUGAUGAACCUGAAGCCCCUCCCCCCGACCCCACUGGCCCCGAAUGCAAGUCCUCGGCCAAGGCUGACAUCAUCCUCCUGGUGGAUGGCUCGUGGAGUAUCGGCCGUCUGAACUUCAAGACCAUCCGCUCCUUCAUCGCUCGCAUGGUCGGAGUGUUUGACGUCAGGCCAGAGAGAGUCCAGAUUGGUCUGGCCCAGUACAGUGGGGACCCCAAAACAGAAUGGCACUUGAACGCCCACCCUACCAGGGAAUCCCUGCUGAACGCUGUGGCCAACCUCCCCUACAAAGGGGGAAACACCAUGACAGGUAUGGCCCUGAACUACAUCCUCGAGAACAACUUCCGACCCAACGUGGGACUCCGCGAGGACGCUCGCAAGAUUGGCGUCCUCAUCACUGACGGCAAGUCCCAGGAUGAGAUCGUCACCAACUCCCAGAGGCUGCGGGACCAGAACAUCGAGCUGUACGCCAUCGGGGUGAAGAAUGCCGACGAGAACGAGCUGAGGUCCAUCGCCACCGACCCGGACGAGAUCCACAUGUACAACGUGAACGACUUCUCCUUCCUGCUGGACAUCGUCGACGAGCUCACCGUCAACCUGUGCAACAGCGUGAAGGGCCCAGGAGGAGGCCCGGAGCCGGGUACUAACUUGGUGACCUCUGAGGUGACCCACCACUCGUUCCGUGCCACCUGGACGCCACCUGACGGCACGGUGGAUCAGUAUCGCAUCGAAUACAUGUAUCCUGGAGGUCCGACAGAACAGGUUAUCGUCGAUGGGACCGUGAACACCGUGGUCCUGGUCAAGCUGUCCGCUCUGACCGAGUACCUGGUCAAUGUGUAUUCCGUGGUCGGCGAGAUGAGCAGCGAGCCACUGAAGGGAACCGAAACCACCUUGCCCCUGGCUGCGGUGAAGAGCCUGACUGUGUAUGAUGCCACCAUGACCACGUUCAGGGUGAGGUGGCAGCAAGUGGAGGGAGCCACAGGGUACAUGCUGUUGUACAGCGCCAUCAACGCUACUGUGCCCACCACGGAGAAAGAGAUUCGGGCUGGGGCAGAUGCAAGUGAUGUCCAGCUGCAACAGCUCGUUCCCAACACGGCGUACAGCCUCUCCCUGUUCGCCCUGCACGGCGAGGCGGCCAGCGACCCCCUCAUGGACCAAGGAGUCACUCUGCCGCCACCGCCGGCGGGUAAACUGAGGGUCACCGAUGUCACCCACAGCACCUUGAAGCUCACCUGGGACGCCUCCCCCGGAAACGUCCGCAAGUACAUCAUCACCUACAAGCCUGACGAGGGGGAGCUCAAAGAGGUUGAUGUCAAUGGUGACAUCACAACACUAGACCUUGCCAGCCUAAUCUCUCAAACUGAGUAUGACCUGUCUGUCACACCAGUCUAUGACGAAGGACCAGGGAACACCAUGCGUGGACAAGCAAUCACAGAUGUGGUUCCGGCACCCAAAAACCUCAAGUUCUCGGAGGUGACGCAGACCUCGUUCCGGGCCACCUGGGAACACGGGGCCCCCGAUGUGGCUCUGUAUCGCAUUGGCUGGACAAAGAAAGGAGAGACCAACUUCCAAUAUGCCAUCCUGAACAGCGAUGAAAUAAGCCACGUCCUGGAGAACCUGGACCCAGACACGCUGUACGACGUCACCGUCACCGCCAUCUACCCUGACGAAUCGGAGAGUGAAGACUUGAUGGGCAGCCAGCGCACGUUGUCAAAGAUGAUUACACCGGCCCCCACUGGGCCGCCCCAGAACUUGCAGGUGUUCAACGCCACCACCACUACCCUGUCCGUGAAGUGGGACCACGCCCCGGGCCCUGUCCAAAACUACAAGCUCACCUACCAGCCUGUGGCCGGAGGCAAGACUCUCUCGACCCAGGUUGGAGGGAAGAAGAACAGUGUUCUUCUCCAGAAGCUCAUCCCAGACACUCCCUACUCGGUUACCGUGGCAGCCGUCUACCCCAGUGGAGAGAGCAAAGACAUCUCGGGCAGAGGAAAGACCAAGCCCCUGGGUGGAGUGAAGAACCUGCAGGUGCUCAACCCCACCAUGACCACCCUGAACGUGCGCUGGGAGCCCGCCGAGGGCAAAGUCAAAGAGUACAAAGUCAUCUACGUCCCUGCUGCUGGAGGAGCUGAGGCCAUGGUAGGACUGGAGCAAGUGUCUGGGAGCACCACCAACACAGUCCUGAAAGCUCUGCAGCCAGACACCCUCUACACUGUGUCCCUGGUGCCGGUGUACGCUGAAGGAGAUGGCAAGCAGAUGUCAGAGACCGGAAAGACCAAGCCCUUUGGUGGAGUGAAGAACCUGCAGGUGCUCAACCCCACCAUGACCACCCUGAACGUGCGCUGGGAGCCCGCCGAGGGCAAAGUCAAAGAGUACAAAGUCAUCUACGUCCCUGCUGCUGGAGGAGCUGAGGCCAUGGUAGGACUGGUUUCAGUGCCUGGGAGCACCACCAACACAGUCCUGAAAGCUCUGCAGCCAGACACCCUCUACACUGUGUCCCUGGUGCCGGUGUACGCAGAAGGAGAUGGCAAGCAGAUGUCAGAGAACGGAAAGACCAGACCGUUGGGUGGAGUGAAGAAUCUAAAGGUGACCGACCCCACCAUGACCUCCCUGAACGUGGCCUGGGACCCAGCUGAUGGUGCUGUGCGUCAGUACAAGAUCUUCUUUGUCCCGGCUGACGGCGGCACUGAGGAAAUGGAGCAAGUUCCUGGAGGCACCACCACCAUUGUCCUCAGGAACCUGAAGCCAAACACCCUCUACACUGUGAACGUGCUCCCUGUGUACCCGGCCAGGGAGGGCAAACGCCAGGCAGAGAAUGGGAAGACAUUGCCUUUGGGGGGAGUCGGCAAACUGGAGGUGACCAACCCCACCAUCACAUCGCUGACCGUGAACUGGGAUGCGGCUGACGGGAACGUCCAGGGCUACAAAGUGGUCUAUGUUCCUGCCGCGGGCGGCCUGGAGAUUGUGGAGCAAGUGUCAGAGAGCACCACCUCAACAGUCCUACAGAAGCUCCUACCAAACACGGUGUACAGUGUGUCUGUCAUCCCAGUGUAUGCGGAGGGGGAUGGACCCAUCUCCACUGACAACGGAAAGACAAAGCCCCUGGGCUUUGCCAAGAACCUGCAGGUUGUGGAGCCCACCACCAGCACUCUGAACGUGCGCUGGGACCCGGCGGAGGGCACCGUGCGCGAGUACAUCGUCAUCUGGGUCCCAGCUGCAGGAGGAGAACAGGAUGUGGACCAGGUGAGCGGAACCACCACCACCAUGGUUCUAAAGAACCUCGAGCCCAACACGGAGUACACGGUGACUGUGGUUCCAGUGUACCACGAGAUGGAGGGCAAGUCCCAGUCCAAGAACGGAAAGACACUGCCCAUGGGUGGGGUGAAGAACCUGCAGGUCAUCGACCCCACCAUCAGCACCCUGACCGUGCGCUGGGAACCUGCCGUGGGCAACGUGCGCGAGUACAAGGUCUUCUACGCCGCCCAACCAGGAGGGGAGGAGCUGACGGAAGUCGUGUCAGCAGGCACGACCAGUACCGUGCUGCGUAACCUGGACCCCAACACCGUCUACAACGUGUCGGUGGUGCCCAUCUACCCCGACGUAGUGGGCAUACGGGCAUCCGAGAACGGGAAGACGAAGCCACUGGGUGGAGUGAAGAACCUGCAGGUGACCGACCCCACCACCAAUUCCCUGAGAGUGCGCUGGGAGCCGGCCGAAGGGGACGUCAGGCAGUACAACGUCCUCUACGUCCCUGCUGCAGGCGGAGCAGAGUUGACGACCCAAGUCUCUGGGAUGUCCACCAACACCGUUCUGAGGAGUCUGCAGCCAGACACAGAGUACAAGGUGACGGUGGUCCCCGUGUACGCGGACGUGGAAGGAAAGCGCCAGUCGGAAAAUGGAAAGACGAAGGCCUUGGGUGGGGUGAAGAACCUGAAGGUGACCGACCCCACCACCAGCUCCCUGAAGGUGCGCUGGGAGCCCGCCGAGGGCAACGUGCGCCAGUACCGCCUCUUCUACGUGGUGUCCUCUGGCGGCGCGGAGGAAAUGGAACAAGUGUCCGGGGGCACGACUAGCACCAUCUUGAGGAAUCUGUUGUCCAACACGCCCUACACGGUCACCGUGGUACCGGUCUACCCUGAGGGAGAAGGCCUGCGGCAGUCUGAUAACGGAAAGACACUUCCGCGCACGCCGCCCAAGAAUAUCCAGGUGUACAACCCCACCCCCAACAGCCUGAACGUGCGCUGGGAGCCCGCCUCGGGGCAGGUGCAGCAGUACCGGGUCAUCUACGCCCCCUUGACCGGAGCCAAACCCGCCGAGUCGGUCCUGGUUCCUGGGAACAUCAACAACGCAUUCUUGGACUUGCUCAUUCCGGACACCCCCUAUUCCGUCAGCGUGCUGGCUCUGUAUUCGGACGGGGAGGGGCACCCGGUGAAAGACAGCGGCAAAACCCUGCCCCGUGGUGGCCCUCGGAACCUGCGUGUGUUCGAUGCCACCACCAGCACCCUGACCAUCGGCUGGGACCACGCGGAGGGCCCCGUGCAGCAGUAUAAGAUAGGCUACGCCCCCAUGACAGGAGACCCCAUCACUGAGUUUACCUUCGUCCCCGGGAACAGGAACAACGCCUUGCUCCCGAAUCUGCUCCCAGACACCCCCUACAACAUCACUGUGGAGGCCAUCUACGCUGAGGGCCCGGGCGGUUCACUGAAUGGAAACGGACGCACGGUGGGCCUGCUGGACCCCAGGAACCUGCGCGUCUCGGACGAGUGGUACACCCGCUUCCGUGUGGCCUGGGACGCCGUGCCCGCGCCUGUCCUCGGAUACAGGCUGUCCUACCAGCCCGCAGAUAAGGACGAGAGCCUGGAUGUGUUUGUGGGCGACGUGACGUCCUACACCCUGCAGAACCUGCUUCCAGGCACCCCCUACGAUGUCAAGGUGACGGCCCAGUACACGGGCGGCACGAGCGGGGCUCUCAUCGGACAGGGCACGACACUCUACCUCAACGUGACCAACCUGGAGACGUACGACGUGGGCUUCGACAAGUUCUGCAUCAAGUGGAAUCCCCACAGGGCUGCCACGUCCUACAGGAUCAAGCUCAACCCUCUGCUCGCCUCCAGCAAGGGCCAGCAGGAGAUCACCAUCACCGCAGCCCAGAGCCACUAUUGCUUCGACGGCCUCUCGCCCGACGCCCUCUACAGUGCCACGGUGUUCGUCCAGACCCCCAACCUGGAGGGCCCCGGGGUCAGCAUCAAGGAGAGAACACUGGUCAAGCCUACCCCGUCCCCAACUACCCCACCAACUCCUCCUCCUCCUCCCACCAUCCCCCCAGGAUGGGCUGUGUGCAAAGGUGCCAAGGCAGACGUGGUGUUCGUCAUCGACGGCUCGUGGAGCAUCGGUGACGACAGCUUCAGCAAAGUGGUGCAGUUCGUCUUCAGCAUGAUUGGAGCUUUCGAUGUCAUCGGGCCCUCAGGAAUGCAGGUGUCAUUUGUGCAGUACAGUGAUGACUCUCAGACAGAGUUCAGGCUGAACUCCUACCAGGACAAGGGCGACGCCCUCGCUGCGCUGCAGCUCAUUCGCUACAAAGGAGGAAACACCAAAACGGGUGUCGCCCUGAAGCAUGUGUAUGAGAAGGUGUUCGCCCCGAACAAUGGCAUGAGAAGGAACGUUCCCAAGGUGGUCGUCGCCAUCACGGACGGUCGCUCGCAAGACGAGGUGAAGAAGAACGCCGCCAAGCUGCAGCACGCCGGGUACAGUGUGUUUGUGGUCGGAGUGGCUGAUGUGGAUUACGCCGAACUGCAGAACAUUGGCAGCAAGCCAAGUGACAGACACAUCUUCGUGGUGGAUGACUUUGACGCCUUCGCCACCAUCCAGGACAACCUGGUGACUUUCAUCUGCGAAACCGCAACAUCGACUUGUCCAUUGAUUUACCUGAAUGGAUUCACAUCGCCAGGCUUCAGAAUGCUGGAGGCAUUUAACCUGACAGAGAAGACCUAUGGCUCUAUCCAGGGAGUGUCCAUGGAGCCUGGCUCUUUCAACAGCUACACGGCCUACAGACUCCACAAGAACGCUUUCCUCAACCAGCCCACGACGGAGAUCCACCCAGACGGGCUACCUCACUCCUACACCAUCAUCAUGAUGUUCCGCCUGCUGCCAGACACGCCCAGCGAGGCCUUCGACAUCUGGCAGGUGUCGAGCAAGGACCAUAAACCCGAGACUGGUGUCACCAUCAAUCCUGGAAGCCAAACGGUAUCGUUCUAUAACAAGGACACACGUGGUGAGAUCCAGAGGGUCACGUUUGACAGCGACCCUGUGAAGAGGAUCUUCCAUGGAAGCUUCCACAAGGUCCACAUCCUGGUCUCCCCCACCAGCGUCAAGCUAAACCUCGACUGUCAAGAGGUGGCCACCAAAGAGAUUAAGGAAGGCGGAAACACGUCUGCUGAUGGAUAUCAAGUUCUGGGCAAAAUGUCCAAGUCCAUUGGGUCCAAAGGCGAAUCUGCAACUUUCCAGCUCCAGAUGUUCGAUAUUGUCUGCACCCUGGGCUGGACGAGCAGAGACAGAUGUUGUGAUCUCCCCUCCAUGAGAGAUGAGGCCAAGUGCCCAUCCCUCCCCAAUUCCUGCACCUGCAUCGUAGACAGCGCGGGACCCCCGGGCCCCAUGGGACCAGUGGGCUCACCCGGUAGCAAAGGUCCUCGGGGUGAAAGAGGAGAUUCUGGCGCUGUGGGUCCAAUGGGGCCGCGUGGGGAUGUGGGACAACCAGGACCUUUGGGUCUGCCGGGCCCUCAAGGGCCAAGCGGCAUGUCUAUUCCUGGAGAAAUUGGUCGACCCGGACCAAAGGGAGAAGCUGGUGACUCGGGCCUACCUGGGCAGAAAGGUCCACCUGGGCCUGCUGGUGCGAUAGGCCCAAUUGGACCAGCUGGACCAAGGGGACCCCAAGGAAAGGAGGGAUCCACAGGACCCAGAGGCCAAACAGGACCGAUGGGACCUCCCGGAUCUCCUGGAAACACUGGGACUGCAGGCCAACCCGGACAACCUGGGGACACUGGACCCUCCGGGGGCGUAGGUGCAAAGGGAGACAAAGGAGAGAGAGGCGAUUUUGCUCCUCAGAACAUGAUGCGGUCCAUCGCCAGACAAGUCUGCGAGCAGCUAGUGAAUGGGCAAAUGAGUCGAGUCAAUCAAAUGCUGAACCAGAUUCCCAACGGUUACCGCAGCAGCAACAACCCAGGUCCCCCUGGACCCCCUGGCCCCUCCGGCAGUCAGGGACCCCGUGGAGAACCAGGACAAACGGGACGGAACGGCUUCCCUGGAAGUCCCGGUCAACCUGGCCUAAUGGGAGAGAGAGGCUCCGCAGGAGAAAAGGGUGACCGAGGAACCCCAGGAGCUGGACAGCGAGGACAGAGAGGACCACCCGGCCCACAAGGCGAGUCUCGGACAGGACCUCCAGGCCCCGCAGGUCCCUCUGGGGCCCGAGGGCCUCCUGGCCGCCAGGGCUUCGCUGGAAUUAGGGGGCCCCCUGGCCCCUCUGGUUACUGUGAUUCCUCUCAGUGUGUCGGCAUCCCUUACAACGGACAAGGAUACAGAGGUUCACCGUAGUAAACUUUCUAAAUGGCCUGUGAUGCUUUCACUUUGAAUUCCUGAGACAAGUUCCUGUUACUGAGAGGCUUGCUCACACGCUCUAAAGCUGUUUGAGGAUAACCACCACGGAAAUGAUUAACAAACUAUGUUGAAACAAACCCCAUCAGAGGACUGGUACUAACACCAACUUAGAGCAUCUAGAACACACAAGCAACGGUGAUGGCAGCAAAAGUAGUGGCCUGUUUGCAUCUUGAAGCCAAAGAACCAACAAAAGACCUUCUAUGGGGGUGGAGGAGCAUGUAAAAAACACACAAACAACCAAUACUAACAAGGUGGAACAAAACAACAACAGCGACAGCACCAGCAACUUUCUUUCCAUAGUUGACUUAGUUUCCUCUGAGGUGUUUUUACCUGUAAAUAAACUAAUGGUGCCUUGUAAAUGAUAUUUGAGUCACAUCCACUAAAUUUAGUUUAACACCUGUAGUACGCUUGUGCCUUGUAACCUACUGCUUGCUGAAUGCCAACACGAAUGCCUCUUUUCCUUCUGAGUGGAACCAUACCAUAAGUGUGACCAUACCUUGUUUCCCCCACAAGGGUUAGACCACAGACCACUCAGGGCCAUUUAGAACCACAUGUUUUCCCUUGUUUCCUUGUCCCUUGUUGUUUUUACACGGUAGAAGAACCAGAAGGUUGGCUUUCUUUAUGUCUCAGUUCUCCUGUUAUGCUAUAGCAGUAGUAGUACUCAUCUCCCAAUACCAGCUGCACCUCUGUAGUUUGAGAGGAUGAACAUCACUGUCCUAGGCUGGUGGUUGCAUUUAUGUGUGCAUUUCUUCAAUAGUUGAAUGGGUUGCCACCACACAAUAAUGUCACCAGUGUUUUUCACAUAGUAAUACAUGCAUCAAACAGAGAUGGAAAAUGCACUGAACUGUUUACAAUCCAUUUCUAUCAGUGUCAUCUGUUUUAUCAUUACCAUUCAGCCAUAUUUUUCAAGUUUGAUAGGUUGUAAUUACAAAGCUCAUCUUGUGCACAGUGAAACAUACAUUUAUGUUCAAUUGGCCAACAACUAUUUCCAACCAGACCCAUACCCAUCUGAACCCGAAACCCACGUAGUCCCAAUCCAAGAGGAAGAGGAGUUCUCACAAAAUGAGCGUCGAAAGAGGUCACUAUCAAGAAAGGAGUCCAAACGGAUAGCAUCAUAAGAAAGGAUGUUCUUUCUUUUUUUUUCUUGAUUUGUUUGUUGUUGCUGUGUUCACAUAUGCAUACAAUUAAGGGCCGUGCACAUUCUCACACUUAAAAGGGGUUUGAUACCUCUUCUUUAUUAGGAAGUACCUUAGAGCAUAUGCAAGUUCAUUCUUUUGUGGCGGGAGAGGGACCAAAAAGCUUAGAAUAGUCUACAGGAAUCUGUGAUCUUGCUUUCUUUCUUCCUAUUGUGCAUUUUGCUUGUAACAUAUCAGCGUUAACUGUUUAUCCACUCCCAGUGUCAGACAAUGCACUCUUCCUGACUAAUUCCAACUCUUUGUAAGCAUUGGAGAAAAGAAAAGGUUUGUUUAAUUCAUAGUAUUGGGAUAUCCAAGUUGAAACCAAUGUGUUAUCAAUCCCAUUUCAUCCAGUAUGUCUGAUUAUAACUACAAGUCUUUUUUAAUAAUUGUUUUCAUAGUUUUGCCUUCAUUCUAACUUAAAUAAUGGCCUAUUGUUCAGCGUCUACCAAGAUGUUUCCAAUUGAGUACUGCAGUUAAACAUGGCUUCCAUUUUUUUUUUUUUUCUCUAGACAAAAUAUUUAUCAGUUUCCUAUAUCAAGUCACAGCUGAUUUUACCAAAGGUGGAAUUGCAUGUCUGUGGUGUAUAUUUAGUAAAUGUUUUAAUCAGAAUAUAGUUGUUGGCAUUGUUGUCUUAUCAGUAUCUAAUGCAGUUUGAAUUUGUAUGCAAAACUAUGGAUAUGGUAUUGCUGCGUCAUGUUUUAACUGCAGAUCGUGAAUUCCACAGCCUUAUUUUCUUAUUUAUUUCUGAAACAAAAGAGGCAUUUUUCAAUAAAACUACUGAAAAUUUGAACCUGG